AUGCUGGAAGGUACAUCGCGAGGACGAGCUGCAAGCCCGCAGUAUCCAGAGCGCGACGAGGAAGGGGAGCUUUUGUAUGAAGCAGCGGCUCAUGGGGUGACCCAUGUCGCCCGGUACUACCACCAUGAGACCGUCCGCGUCGACGGCAGGGCUGAUGACGUCUUGGGUAUUCGAAAAGGCCUACUCAUCCCAACGACAGGCCAAAAGAGAGCUGGCGCAAAGCCUGCCUCGGGCCGGAGCAGGUCCCGCCAAGCACAUAAGGACUCAAACAGCAUUACAGGGCAGAAACGGUCUUCGGAAUGUGUGGACGCAGCGUUACCCCCGCCACCCAGCAAACGCACCCAGUCAAGCUCUCCGACGAAACACCUGACCGACGGAAAACCACAGAAUCGUGUGCACCGCCGCGUUGUUGUCCGGGACUACGGGAAACAUAUCUUUGAGAGUAGCUCAAGGAUCGCGUUGCUUAACGCUGGCCUCGUGCAAAGUGAUAUCUCCCACCGAAAUCUACUUGUGAAUGAGGACAAGGAUAACCCUUCCUACCGGGCAUUCUUGAUUAACCUCGACCUUGCGAUCAGAGUGGAACGGGAUGGCUUCUCCCAAGCGCGCGUCUCAGCGAAGGGGGUCAAGGACUUUGAAGAGUCGAACUACGUCAACACAGACAAGCUGGGCUACAAAAAAGAAAUGAGUGAUCAGGAAUGA